AUGAGUGCUUUUUUCCCUGCCUUUGAUCUAAAUGUUCGUUUGGAAGAAGAUGACAACGGCAACCUUCCCAUCGAUCUCAACGAGCCAGUUUUGGAAGAUGAGAACCACAGAAUAGAUUUGAACUUACCAUUAGAUGAAUUUGGAGCUGUUGACUUUGAUUACGUACAAAACCUCACUGAACAAGAUGGUGAUGCUCCCGUUCCACUACACCAACCGAAGAAUGACUAUUCUGAUCGUGUUAGACAACCAGUGUAUCAAGCAUUGUUGAUGAGAAGCAAAAAUGGGAAACUAGGCAACCAUGAUACAACAAUUGUAUCUAACCAAUUUGGAGUAAAAAUUAGAUCAGUUCAGCGCAUAUGGAGGCAAGGUAAAAACCAACUUUCUCAAAACAUUCCGGUCGUGGUUCCUAAUCUAAAGAAAGGUAGAAGUGGCCGCAAAGCAAUCCCUCUAGAUUUGGAAAAGUUGCGGGAUAUUCCUCUCAAGCAAAGGAUGACCAUAGAAGAUGUGUCUAGUAAACUUGGUAUUAGCAAAUCUAGGAUACAAAGGUAUUUGAAAAGGGGUUUCAUUAGGCGCCACUCUAGUAGCAUCAAACCUUACCUCACUGAUGAUAACAAGAAGACUAGGUUGAAGUGGUGCAUUGACAUGAUUGAUCAAGGUUUGCUUGAUGAUCCAAAGUUCAAGGAUUUCUUUGACUUUGUGUUUAUUGAUGAGAAGUGGUUCUACCUCACUCAAAAAUCAGAGAGGUACUACUUGCUACCCGAGGAAGAUGAACCACACCGCCUUUGCAAGAACAAGAACUACAUCCCUAGGAUCAUGUUCUUAUGUGUAUGUGCUCGGCCACGAUUUAGAAAUGGAGUAUGUGUGUUUGAUGGCAAAAUAGGUUGCUUUCCACUAGUCAAUUUUGAACAAGCUAUUAGAGGAAGCCACAACCGUCUUCGUGGAGAGGAAGUAAUCAAACCAAUUCAAUCAAUCACAAGGGAUGUGAUAAGAGAUUUCAUGAUAAAUAGAGUGUUGCCUGCAAUUAGAGCAAAGUGGCCAAGAGAAGAUGUCAACAAGCCAAUAUUCAUUCAACAAGAUAAUGCUCCAUCUCAUUUAAAAGUUGAUGAUCCUCAUUUUUGUGCGGUUGCAAAGCAAGAUGGGUUUGACAUUAGGCUUAUAUGUCAACCACCCAAUUCUCCAGAUUUUAACAUUCUAGAUUUGGGGUUUUUUCGAGCUAUUCAAGCCAUUCAAUACAAGAAAGAUGCUAAGACAAUUAAAGAUCUAAUUCCAGCAGUGCAAGAGGCAUUUUUGGAGUACUGUCCAAAGAAAGCAAAUAGGAUCUUUGUCACACUACAAACUGUUUUGAAGGAAGCAAUGAAGGUAAAAGGUUGCAACAAAAUCAAGAUUCCUCACAUGAACAAACAAGCACUAGAGAGGGAAAAGAGGCUGCCAUUGCAAAUCCCUUGUGAAGCUUCAUUGCUAGCCGAAUCACUUGCUAGUCUUCCUGUAACAAAUUAGAAGAUGCAAGUUUAUGCAAAUUAUUAGAUGAGUGUAUCUUAGGUUUGCAAUGGCCAAAUUGAGAGAUGCUGUACUGUACCUUAGUGCUCUUUGUUUGCUGCUUCUUAAUAUGCUCUUCCACCUUCUUCAAAA